AUGGAAACUUCUGAUAAGCUUCAAACCAUUCCUUGCAUUCAUGUCGGAGGAAGCAAAGUGGUUCACUUCACCCGCAAGAAGGAUGCUUCUUUCGGUUCGAGCUCGGCAGCUUCUGCAAUCUGCCCAACCUUCCCUGACUGCGGAUUCCGCCAACCCGACAGUGGAGUCAUCCUCUGCCGCUUGGAUUGCUUCCUCGGCAACGGCGCCCUCUACCGCUUCGAGUACGGAGUCCCGCCCUCGCUGCUGGCGGCGGGGCCUGUGGGCAUGGCCGCCGUCACUGCCGGGGCGUAUUGUGCAGGCCGAUACAUCACUGAUAUAGGAGUGAGGAAGGAUGUGAUGAAGGUGGCGGUGGACGACUUGGCUGCAACCAUGGGUUGCAGGAGCUCCAACGAGAGAUUAGUCGGCAACGUUUCUGGUGGUUCGGGGAAAGUACCAUCCAUUGAGGAGGAAGACAGAGGACGGUGA